AUGGAAAUAUGUGAUAUGGUAGAAGAUUUUCCUUCAGAAUAUAACAACUUUCCUUUUCUUUCUUGCUUUAUUUUUUCUUUCCUUCUGUUAUUAUUCGAUUCACUUUCUUUUUUGUCCAUCCAUAUUCUUUACUUUAUUUAUUUUUUCUUUUUAAUCAUUUUUUUUUUUUUUUUAAAUUCUUACAAUCUAUCUUUGUUUCUUUUUUCUUUCUUUGAUAUUCUUUUCUUUCUUUUUUUUAAAUUCUUUUCUUUCUUCUUUCUUUUUUUUCUUUUUUCCUAUUUUUGUUUUCUUUCUUUGUUUCUUUUUUUUUUUCUUUCUAUAUUUCUUUUAGUCUUUUAUUUCUUUCUUUCUUUCUUUCUAUCUUUCUUUUUUCUUUCUUUCUUUUUUUUGGAUCUGUCUUUUUUUUCUUUCUUUUCUCUACCGUGUUCUUUCGUCUUUUUCCAUUUUUCAAAAAAUUUACCAUUUUUCUCCAAUAAAUUUCUUCCCUUUUUUUCUUUCUUUUUUCUUUCUUUUGAUUUCUUUCUUUUUUUUCUUUCUUUCUUUCUUUUUUCUAGAUUUUUUCAAAAAAUCAAAUUUUUUAAUUUACAAUUUAUUUCUUUCUUUACUUUUUUCUUUCUUUUCUUUGGGAUUUCUUUUUUUCUUUCUUUUUAUUUUUUUUUCUUUUCUUUCUUUUCUUUUUCUUUCUUUUCUUUCUUUCUUUCUUUCUUUUCUUUUUUUUUUUUCUUUCUCUCUUUUCUUUUUUUUCUUUUCAAUGGCAAUUCAUUUAUUUUUCAAUUUCUUAUGCAUAUUUAUGCAUGUAUUUAUUUUUCUAUUUUAUAA